AUGCAGGCUUUCGUUCCGAAGAAUAGGAGGCCUAGAUUCGAAUUUAUAUUGAGAAUCAUUGAUCUGAAUAAUGUGCCACUUGUGAGUGGAACGGCGUUCGUCAAAUGGCGUCUGCCAUCGUCAAGUACGGCCGAGCAUCAUGGGAAUACGGACAAAGCGAUCAUCAUCGAUCAUCGAGCGUACUGGAACUACGAGAAAACCCUGCAGGUCAGGCUUACAAUUGAUCGAAAUCAGACACUCCAUGAAUGCGAACUCGUCCUAGACAUCAUACAAGAGUUUGGAUCUGGAGGGCACGGCGACAGGAAUCUUCUAGGAAGAAUCAAGCUCAACCUUGCCGAGUAUGUUGACAAGAGCGAUGACGACGAAGGCAUCGUAAGGAGGUACCUGAUGCAGGAUAGUAAGGUCAACAGCACGCUCAGGGUUGGGAUUGUGAUGCGUCAAAUUGAUGGCGAUCGGAAUUUCACCACCCCGCCCCUAAGGUCCGCCGCAGUUUUCGCAGGCAUCGCGGGUGUGGUCUCCUCGGAACAAGCUGAUCAUGAUGACCUUGGCCGGCUUCCGUCCAUCAACACGCAGAGUAGAGAGGUCGCUGAUAUGCAGGACAUGUACCGCCGCACUCUGGCUGCUUCGUGGAUGUCUGGCACGGAUGACAUCCCCGCGGAUAAGUUGAUCGAGGACCUCUUUGCCACGGGUUCUUGCGGGAAUGAAGAAGAUCCUGAUGCUCGCUCUCGAAGAUCGGCAGAGCAUCAUAACGAACUUCGUCCUGACAGGGAUACAGAUACAAGGCAAACCAGAUCAGGGAACAGAUUGUCCCCGAGUUUCGAGAGGCGACCAAAGAGCUCAUCCAGCCAAUUCCGCAACAAAAGUAAAGGGUCCGACUCCUCCUCGGGACACAUCAGGAAAGGCGGCAGCAUUAAAGAGCAGCUCUACGACAGUGCAAAUGGCAAGGCCUGGAAAAGCCGCAGUGAAGUGGAUGAACUAUCCGAGUUUGAUGUACGAGAGGACCUGCGGAGCUGGGAGGUCUCUGUAAAGGAAUAA